AAGGCUCUUUUUGGCAUCCCAUUCCCAGAGUUUGGAAGCUACUACCUGCCUUCUACCCAUCUUUUCCCUUACAAUUAUAAAAGCCAUUUUUACAGAUUUUUUCUUCGAAGAAAUCAAAACCUGUCAAUUUAGGGUUUCUGCUGCAACGCUGUCCAAGACAAGGCCAUCAAAACAAAGUUAAAAUGAAGUCCAUUAAUGGCGGAUUUCUACUAAAUUGAGGUAGGUAAACUCUUACCAUCUCCUAGGUCUCUUCCCUUGUACUUGCACAGUAAAUUCCCAGUGCUUCAUCUGGGGGAAAAAAGAUGGUAUUUUUGGCAUAGAAACACCACUUUCAUCCACUGAUUUGUUCUUAAAUCUUGGAAGUUUGCCUUUCCAGUGUACCCAUCUGCUAAAAUGAAUUGAGCCUCAUCUUUUAGUGGGAGUUGUGGCUGAUAUUAUCUUUUCAGCUCCUUCAAAUUGAAAAGAAAAUAAGUUGGUUUGGUCUCUAAAACAGGGAAAUAUGCUCUUUUCAGCUAUCCACUGAAGGACUCUGGCUUUCAUAUUGGGAAGGACAAGGAUGGUGAUUUGAGCCUUCCCCUCCUACUCAUCCUAAGAUGUCUUGGAUUCAGUCUCAAAUCAAGGAAAAAGAUGGUCCUUUGACCUUUCCACCUGGUAUUUCUCCUCCACUGUCUUCUUCUUCUUCUUCUUAUUCCUCAUUCCCACCUCCUUAUAAUAGUUAUUAUCAGAAAGAAUCAACCCCAUCAUCCUCUGGGGGCAGAAUCAGUCCAGCUGUUCUUUUUAUCAUAGUUAUUCUAGCCGUUAUAUUUUUCAUCUCUGGUUUGCUCCACCUACUCGUUAGAUUCCUCAUAAAGAAACCGUCUUCCGCAUCAACCUCCCAGUCAACCAGGUACCCGGAAAUGUCUGGUUCGGAUGCUCUGCAAAGGCAGUUACAACAGCUCUUCCAUCUCCAUGAUUCGGGUUUAGAUCAAGCUUUUAUAGAUGCUCUCCCUGUUUUCCUGUACAAAGAGAUAAAGGGCCUAAAAGAACCCUUUGAUUGCGCUGUUUGCCUCUGUGAAUUUUCAGAACUAGACAAAUUAAGAUUGCUUCCCUUGUGUAGUCACGCGUUUCACAUCAACUGUAUAGACACAUGGCUGCUAUCAAACUCGACAUGUCCUCUUUGCAGAGGGACCCUCUUCAGCUCUGCCCAUUCGAUUGAAAACCCAGUUUUUGAAUUUGAUGAUCCAAGGGAGGAGGAUGGGCUUCCCAGUGAUAGAGAGGAUAGGUUCCCUUGUGGACAGAAAACAGGAGAAACAGAGGAGAUUGUCGGUGAAAAGAGGGUUUUUCCAGUGAGGCUUGGUAAGUUCAGAAAUUUGAAUAAUGGAGGAGGAGAAGGAGAGAGCAGUAGUAGUAAUUUGGAUGCCAGGAGAUGUUAUUCGAUGGGUUCAUUUCAGUAUGUGGUUGGAGAUUCCUAUCUGCAAGUGGCCUUACGCCAUGAUAGAGAUGGUAGUGAUGUGAAGGUAGUGAAAGGGAGAGGACACAACGGGAAUUCUUCUAUUGUUGGGGAUAUUGAGGGGAAGAAACUCAGUAGUGGAAGUAAAGGUGAGAGCUUCUCUGUUUCCAAGAUCUGGCUUUGGUCAAAGAAGGGCAAAUACCCAAUUUCUUCAGAUUCUCAUAUGGGUGUUUCUUCCUCGUCUCUUAAUGUUGGUUUGCCAUGUCCUGAAAGAACUCAAGGUGUAUGAAGGUAUUUUGUUUUCUAUUUUCUUGAUUAUUCACUUCACUCAAUCCAAUUGAUGGUUUGAGUUGUUGCUUAUAUUUUCCUCAUUCCUUUUUGGGAUACAAAUGGGUCUGAGUAAUGCUUAUCUACAACUGUACUUUCAGUGAAA